UAAGAGCGCUGAGACACGAAGCAGCUGUUCAUACUAUAAAGUGGAGGAGGAGACCAUAGAAAUGAACGCACUGGGAGGAUGACAGCUUUUAGCCGCUGCUGUAACCCUGAACCUCUGACACCCAUAUGAACCGUCAGCGAGAGGACCACUAACCCAGCCCGCAGGGCGCAUCCUCUAUCCUGAGCAAAAAGCGAGGGGCCGUGGGCGGAGGGUUCCUUAUGAUUUCUCAGUUUUCAUAGACGCUAUUUCUCUAACACCAUGGUGCUGGGCAAGGUGAAAACUUUAGCGGUCUACUUCGACUUUCUGAACGACAACAACGUCCCCGUUUACUCCGGCGGGGAUUCGGUCUCGGGGAGGGUGAUAAUCGAAGUCAUCGGCGAGGUUCGCGUCAAAACGUUGAACAUAACCGCCAGAGGCGUAGCCAAGGUGCGGUGGACAGAGUCCCGGAACGCCGGAGCCAACACUGCCUACACUCAGAAUUACACCGAGGAGGUGGAAUACUUAAACCAUAGCGACACGUUAAUAGGAGAGGAGAGAGAUGAGGACAGUACAGAGGAGACCCUCACUGUUCUCAACACAGGAUUACACGAAUUCGCCUUUAGCUUCCUGCUACCACAGAUGCCCCUGGCCACGUCGUUUGAAGGGAAGCAUGGCAGUGUGAGGUACUGGGUGAGAGCAGAGCUCUACAGACCAUGGCUGCUGCCUUUCAAAGUCAAGAAAGAGUUCACUGUGUUUGAACACAUCGAUAUCAACACACCACUGCUGCUGGCCCCUCAAGCUGGCACUAAGGACAAGACCUUAUGUUGUUGGUUCUGUGCCUCGGGACCCAUCUCACUCAGCGCCAAGAUAGAGAGGAAGGGAUACACGCCAGGUGAGUCCAUCCAGAUCUUUGCAGAGGUGGAGAACUGUUCGUCCAGGGUGGUGGUGCCCAAGGCAGCGCUGAGCCAGACUCAGACCUACUUCGCCAAGGGCAAGGCCAGGCAGCUCCAGCAGCAGAUGGCAGCCCUGCGUGGGGACACCCUACCCCAGGGGAAGAGCCAGAGCUGGGAUGGAAAACUCCUCCACAUACCCCCAGUGUCCCCAUCCAUCCUGGACUGUCCACUCAUCAGAGUGGAGUACUCACUGGUGGUGUAUGUGGACAUCCCUGGGGGGUUGAACCUGUCUCUAUCGUUGCCGUUGGUGAUCGGGACCAUCCCCCUCCAUGCAUUCACCAAUCGAACAAGCAGCAUCAGCAGCUACUGUAGUAGCAUCAGCUGGCCAGAGAGACCUGAGGCUCCCCCCAGCUAUAGUGACUUGGUGGUGACAGAGGAGCAGGGGUGGGGCUGUCUGGAGCGCUGUGAGGGGUCAGAGGUCAACGAAGAGGACCAGGGAACACUGCGCGCUUACAUCACAGAGUUCAGAUACCAGCCCCCGCCGCUCUACUCCGAGGUUGACCCUAACCCAGAGCCGGGCUGUGGAGGUCAGGUGGUCAGUAGACCCGACCUCUGCCCCUCUCGCUGAGCACAACACUGACCUGCUCAGAGCAGACAGGCAUCUACACCUACAGAUGGAUCCAACAUGGCCGCCGCUAUAGCCCCCUACUGGAGCCAGUUACCUACAGAUGGAUCCAACAUGGCCGCCGCUAUAACCCCCUACUGGAGCCAACAUUGCGUCUCAUCCUUAGUUUUAUCGGGUACAUAGAUCAACAGAUGCAGGGAUGUCAGCUCUGAUAGACACUCUGUGGAGAGGCCAGGAGACGCCUCAGUCUGACCAGCAUCACGGUUCUCUGCUGGUCAGAAAGAAUAGUCCUUAGACCAAUCUUCUGGUACAUAUGACCAUUACGUGGCACAUCUAAGACUAGAAAGGAGAGGAGAAGAAGAAAAUAGAUCAUCCACUGUUGGACUGUUGGAAACAGUGGUCAGGAUCUCCUCCAGCCUCAGAGUGAAUUUUGCACAUGCCUCUCACUGUUUUUCUACUUAACUUCCAUAGCUUUUCUUCCUCAACUGUCAUAUAUGCUGGAACAUGUCCGUUGUCUUCUCACCACCAUUACUACUUAACUAGAAACAACACCGAUCACAGACCGAUCAUAGAACAAAGUAACUAAGAAACAAAUGAAAGGAAAUGUUUUUAGAGGUGUUAUUGUGUCUUGGGUUUCCUGAAUGGGGAAUGUGGUACAUGGUGAAAUGACUAGUGUGUGUGUUCAGACACUGGUGUAUCUGUGAAGCACUCACUCACUUUCUGUCUUUCAGGUGUCUUUCCUCACUAAACCCUCCAUAGAUACAGUACCCUACUAAGCACUUGUUUGAUUGUAGUAUGUGGAGAUAUGACACAGAAAGAAGCUCUGUAUUUACAUAAGAGGCAAAGAAACAGCCAGAUGUAAAAUAAAAUAAGAAAAAAAAAUACAUUUGAAAUGUUUACAGGUCAAUUGUCCUUCAAAGUUGAUCUUCACCUCCAAACAAAGUGCAAUAUAUUUUUGUAUUUGUCGUUUUUCUGUUUGUGUAAGUGAUGCCAUUAUAGCCAUUACUGAUCUGAAUGCUAUCAUGAUCUUCCUUUGUUUGAAAUAAAGAAGCCUUUUUGUAGAAACUGUGAA